CACGGAAGUGAAAUGUUGACGCCAUACCAAGUUUUCCUGCAACCUAACAGGUUGCUUUAAUAGGCUGAGUUGUACAAGGAUCCCGCGGCGUGUCCUGUUUUAAUUUCUAGUCGUCGAGUAGUUCAUCUAAUACAGAGCUAAGAGAUUACAAGUCUAUAAGGUGACAGUGGUCUUCCAUACAUUCUAUCGCAGCAACAGAAAAACAAAAACCGAAGAUGAAGUUAAAAGAGACUGAGGUGGUUAUUCUCACAGUCCUGUACGCCAUCACGAUGCUCGUAGCAUUUGCGGGAAAUGGUUUCCUCGUCUAUAUCGUGUGGAAGAAGGCUGAGGUAAGAUCACUGACAAGCUUCAUGUUCAUCAACAUGGCCAUCGCUGAUUUGCUGGUGACGUUGGUUGUGAUGCCCUGGUCGAUUGCCCAACUCUACACAGACGGUUUAUGGAUGAUACCAGGAAUAUUGGGAGACAUCACGUGCAAAGUUAUCGUAUACACUGCCUAUGUUACUAUAACAGCGUCCAUCCUCUGCCUGACAUUCAUGGCAGUCGAUAGGUACUAUGCCAUUGUUCAUCCCUUCCGCCGCCAUCUUUGGUUCCGAAAGCCUAAACUGACAGUACCAUUUAUUUGGAUCUUGUCACUGGCCUCUAUGUCCAUUUUCCCUGUUGUACAAACCGUGGAGGACCACAAUUCCCAAUGCAUGCUAUCUGUUUACGUUUUGGGCGAUCCAUUCUGGGCUCUGCGAGGAAUAUUCCUCUUCCUAGUAGUGGUUAACUAUCUGAUCCCUUUGAGUGUUAUUUCUGUCUUGUAUACUAUUACCGCACGGAGGUUAUGGUUCCAUGCUGCACCUGGAGUGGAACAUUUGACAGGAAACCGAGAGAAACUUGAAACCUCGAAGAGAAGAGUGGUUAAGAUGCUCAUCAUUGUUACCUGUGCCUUUGCCCUUUGCUGGCUCCCAGCACAGGUGGUCCACAUGAUAAUUGUCAUGCAAGCAUGGAAUAUUGAAGUUAAUCUUCAAGAGAAUGUCAUGUUUCUGUGUUUUUUGUGUGGUCACGCCAACAGCGCCAUCAACCCAUGGCUGUACAUAUUCCUGAGCAGCAAGAUCAAUACGGCAUUUACAAGAAUCGUCAGUAGAAAAAGCAGCCGGUCGCCUCCGAGUCUCAGUGUCAAAACAUCAAAUGCCUUUUUAUUACCUGAAGACGAAGCUAUUCAGAAAGAAUCAAUACUGUAAUUUCUGUCAUAACAUGAAACAUGUAUUACCAAUCUUGGUAAUUGUACUUAAGAAAGCGAAACUUUCUUAAAACUUAUUUGAUAUGACCCUAUAUAUACGGUGUGAUAAAGGUAAUAAGCUAGGUAAUUUAAUGUGAAAUUGAUAAUCUCAACUGAUUUAGACAACUGUUCUGUCAGCUGUUAAGAAUAAAAGAAGGGAUCAGUCGCAAAGUCAACUGUA